AUGCCCCUGUGCCCAGAUGUGGGAGCCAUGGAUCAUCGUGAUCAUAUGACAGAAGAACAAGCAGAGGUAGUUGUUUGUUUGAUUUGUAAUUUCGAAAGUUUAUUAUUCUUCUACAAUAGGCCUAUGUCCUACAACACAUUAUCAUUCCCAUAAUAGAUUCACUGUAUUUCCUCAAAAGAUCAUCACUGAAGAUACAGAGGAGAUGUGCCUGUCUCAGAUCCUUAUGCAUCAUGACACCCCAAUGUACGAGCCAGUGCCACCCUGGGCAAGGAGGCUUGCUGGUGUGAAGGAGAUGGUGGCUGUCCAGUGGACGCUCCUGGGGGAGGUCACAGCCAUGUGCAGGGUGCAGAAGGAGCUGCUGAAGUAG